UUGAAUCUAUUCCUCAAACCAAAAGUAACAGGAUAAUCUGGAGCAUGAAGUUUGUGUGAAUAUGCUAUUCAUGCACUUGUUUUUUAUAUAUGCCUCUCUCCCCUCUUCCCCUGUUAUUUAUUAUUAACAUUUUUUGUCUUUCACAUGAAACUCAAACCAACAUUCACAAAUGGAAGCAAACGUUUUAAGAAAGAACAUGAUUUCGACACUAACUUCAACUCACUACGAUCUGUUCAAACAUAAACCUCAACAUCCACCUUCUAUAGUUUGUGUGCUCAAAAGGCCUUCAAAUCAUGACAUUCCUAAUGAAACAACAAAACAUAGUACUAAUGUCUACAAAGAUAGCUGGUUUGAUCUCUUAGCAAUAAACCAUUUAUCAAAAAGUGUUCAAGCUGCCACAGGAUUUAGAAACAAUAAGAGUGGCUAUGAGAGUCUUGUUGAGGCAGCUAUUAUGACAAAACAGAAAUUUAAUCCUAUUCAGCAGCAAGAGGUUAUCAUUCAAGCUCUUGAUACAGCCUUCCCUAAGAUAAUAUUUUCAUUGAUAAAGAAACACCUACCACCAUCUAAAUUCACAAGGGAACAUUUUGCCAUUUUCAGCAGUUUGUUCUUUACUUGGUUAGUUGGGACCUCCGAGGUGAAAGAAUCAGAUGUCAACGGGAGAAGAGAAAAAAAUGUAGUCUACAUAAAAAAAUGCAGGUUUUUAGAAGAGACAAAUUGUGUAGGCAUGUGUAUUAAUCUCUGUAAAAUUCCAACUCAAUCGUUUGUAAAGAACUCUCUGGGUAUGCCAGUCAACAUGGUACCAAAUUUUGAUGACAUGAGUUGUGAGAUGAUAUUUGGACAGGAUCCUCCAGCAUCAACUGAUGAUCCAUCACUGAAAACACCUUGUUAUAAACAAUGCAAGGCAUAUAAAAGUCAUGGAACAAACUGCCUCAUUUAAUGCAGAAGAAUGAAAUAAUUUUGGGAGAAGUGGUUUGACUUAAGAUUUGUUGCAGGCUUUUAGGACAGCAAGGAUGAAACAAGAAUAUUGUCUCCCACGUUUUGUAUGCUGCCACAACUCAUACUUAUCAGCCAUAGUUUCUCUCAUUAUGAAAACAACUAAGUGCACCAAAGCACUUAAAACCAAUCAUUACUUAUUGGAUUUCUAUCAUUUUAGUAGUUUGAAAGUUCUUUCCUUUUGGUUUUCAAAUAUCAAAUCUAUGUGUAAAAAAAAAUCAUAAGUAACCAAUAGGCCAAUGGUUUAUUCAUAUGAUAUGAAAGUGGUUAUUUCCAAUGUU